CCUGACAAGCCCCAGCUCCCAUCUAUAUAAAACACAUUAAAAGAAAAGUGCCAUGCAUGCCCCGGGCUAGUAUAUCACCUCACAGUCUUUUUGAUGCAGACCCAGCUCACAUCACUAAAUUUUAGCUCGUGAUUUUUUCGACAAAUUCGUUUAAUAUUUGACCUUGUACAAAUCAAGAUGUCGUCAACCGGCAAGGGGGACAGUGCUGAUGACGUGACCGCUGGUCCGCCCAAACCGAAAAAGAGGAAGGUGUCCGUUUUGGCCUCUCAUUCAAAAGCAAUUGCUGAACUUCAGUCACUGCCUAAUGAGAUUAGGCAAAUUAAGGAAAUUUUGCUGGGUACGCAAAAUAAUAGCCAACAGAAAUCAGUCGACGUUGUUGACGACACAAUGCAAAGCUUACUCCAACAUGAAAAAGAAGUGAUUGAUGAUUCCACUCUCGUUGACGAUGGACCGACAUCUGAGCUCUUAGAUAUAUUAAAUGAAAGUCAGAUUGAACCGGAAUUUGGACCGGAUUUGCAUGUUAACGUGGCCAGUUCUUUUUCGAAUUUGGGAAAAACAGUGUUAUCUAAAGAGAAAAUCGAAGAAUUGAGGAAACCCUUUCUUACACCAGCUAAUUGCAAACUUCUCGGAGUUCCAAGGGUAAACCCAGAAAUUUGGACCGUAUUGCCUCAAAAAUCAAAGCAAGGAGAUUUCCAAUCCCAACAAAUGUUAACAAUCCUAUCGAGCUCAACUGUUGCAUUGGCUCAUUUAGCAGAAAAAGUGAUGUUGAAUUCGAAAAAGAUGCCCCCAGAGUUGAGUCAAGAUCUUCUGAGGCUGACUAUUCAAGCUGCAACAUUGAAUUCAAAAUUGAGCCAAGAUAUCAAUAUGAAACGGAAGCAGGAUAUUAAGCCUGCAUUAAGCACUGAAAUUGUGGCAGUGUGCAACACGCCAUCAACACCGGAGUUACUAUUUGGAGACAAUGUUUGUGACACCAUCAAGGCCGCCAGAGCAGCUGCCACUGUUAUCAGGACGUCCACAAACCGGAGAGGAUUUUCCCGUUUUUCAAACAGACCCCAAAAUACUUUCACUAAUUCCUCAAGAGGUACAUAUUUAAACUACAAUCGGGCCUCCUACAGCCGAGGGGGCCCGCGAUUCAAUCACAGACAAAACUUCACGCAAUUCAACCCAAGAGGAUCGAUGCUGCGACCUCAAUGGAGACCACCGAGUCGAUCGCAGUAAAUGUAAGCAGGGCAAGAAAAUUAAGUUUAUAUUUAAAAAAUUGGGAGAAAAUUACGAAAGACAAGGAAAUUCUAGAGGCAAUCGAAAAUUUUCGCAUACCAUUUGUGAGUAUUCCAUGCCAAAGUAAUGCACCAGAGCCAUUUCGAUUUUCUGAGGUAGAGUUACCAUAUGCUAGAAAAUGUGUACAAACUUUAUUAGAUACUGGUGCAGUUGUUAAAGUGUUGCCUUGCGAAGGUCAAUUUGUUUCAAGAAUAUUUCUUGUCCCAAAGAAGGAGCCAAAUUCUUACAGAUUAGUGAUCAAUCUUAAAUCUUUGAAUGAGUAUAUUCUAUCUCCUCAUUUUAAAAUGGAAAAUUUAAAAUCAGUUAUUAGUAUUAUAGAAAACAAUUGUUGGAUGGCAACUUUAGACCUAACGGAUGCUUAUCAUGCCAUUCCGGUGCACCCAGAUGAUCAAAUAUUUUUAAGAUUUUAAGAUAUUUAGACCAAUAAUGGCAUUAUUAAGAAAGAGAAAGUUUAUUUCUAAUCAAUACCUUGAUGAUUUACUUCUAACAGGUGGAAACAAAUCGGAAUGUUUAAGGAAUAUAAGGUCAACUAAAUGUUUAUUGACUUGGUUGGGUUUCACAAUUAAUGAGAAAAAAUCUAAAUUAAUGCCAAGUCAAGUAGUUGAAUACUUGGGUUUUGUUUACAACUCGAAACUCAUGCAAAUUUUGUUACCUGCACGCAAGGUGACUAAAAUUAAUGACAUUAUUUUGAAAGUUUUACAAAAGGAGACAAUUAAGAUUCAAGAGUUAGCUAAAUUGGUAGGGAAUCUGGUAGCAGCUAGUCCUGCUAUACGUUAUUCGAGUACUUACAUAAGACGCUUAGAAUUGCUGAGAAAUGCAGCAUUAAUUCAAUGCAGUGGCGAUUAUAAUGGAAAAUGCACAAUAAAUGCACAAUGUCGAGCAGACAUUCAGUGGUGGCAGAGAAAGUUGCCAAAUUCAUUUGAAACUAUAAGAUCGGACAGCUUUGUCUUGACGUUGACCACUGAUUCGUCUACGACUGGUUGGGGUGCCCACACUGAGUCACAAGUUACACGAGGUUUUUGGUCAACAGACGAAAAGCUUCUUCAUAUAAAUACACUAGAAUUGAUCGCAGUGAUUAAUGGGUUAAAAUCAUUAUGCUCGAGUUCAUCUGAUUGCAAUAUUCUAGUUCGCAGUGAUAAUACCACCACUAUAGCAUACAUUAAUAAGUUUGGGGGAUGUCGCUCAGAAAUAAAUUUAAAAUGGGCUAGAAUCCUUUGGCAAUGGUGUGAGGAAAGAAAUAUUUGGAUAUUUGCAUCAUAUAUCAAAUCCUCGCAGAAUUAUAUAGCGGACAAACAAUCCAGGGAAGAGAUUGAUAAGACGGAUUAUUCCUUAGAUCUGAAAUCCUUUAAUCUUAUUUGUGAUCACUUCGGGACGCCCGAAAUCGAUCUGUUUGCCACCACUUAUUCUGCUAAAUGUACCAGAUUUGCGUCUUGGUUUCCAGAUCCAAAUUCCGAAAUAGUUGACGCUUUCACUUUCCGGUGGUCACAAUAUUUUUACGCAUUUCCACCCUUUUCUCAAAUUUCGCGUACAAUAAACAAAAUAAAACAUGAAAGGGCAACUGGUAUUGUAGUUUUUCCAGACUGGUGUACUCAAACAUGGUAUCCUCAAUUUUCGAAACUUCUAAAAUCCGAAGUUUUGGUUUUACAUCAAAAUACUUAUGAUUUAAAAUCCCCAUAUGAUGAUUCUUCUCAUCCUUUAUGCAGGAAGAUGAAUCUCAUGGCAGCAAUUUUAUGUGGCAAAACGACCAGUACCCCGAGAACGUAACAAAAUUACUCCGUUCAUCGUGCCAGGAUUCUACCUGGAAACAAUAUUCUUCAAAUUUUAAAAAAUGGACGGAAUACUGUACCAUUAACAAUCUCCCAGUUUGGAGGCCUUCAAUUAAUAGUAUUUUAGCAUUUCUUGCAAAACUUCAUGACGACGGAUUAGGGUAUACCUCAAUUAAUUCAAUGAGAUCUUGUCUUUCUACAAUGAUAGGGAAAGUUGACGGGCAAAAUAUAGGGACUCAUCCCGUCGUGUGUCGCCUAGGGGUAGCAAACAGUCGACCCCCCAAACCAAAAUAUGAAAAUACAUGGGACUCUAACUUGGUGCUUCAAUUUUGUAAAAAUUUAGGCAAGAAUUCGAGAUUAAAUAUUAUUGAUUUGUCACAUAAAUUAGUGGCCUUGUUGGCCCUGACCACAGGCCAACGAGUACAAACCUUAUCUGCUAUAAGUGUUCCCAAUAUUAAUUUUAAAAGUGGUUCAUGUGAAAUCGUAAUUUAUGAUAAAUUAAAGUCUAGUAAGCCAGGUAGUACGACAAUUUUAUCCUUACCUAAUUUUUUAGAUAUUAACUUAUGUGUAGUUAAAACCUUGAAAUGUUAUUUAGCUAAAACUAAAGAGAUACGGAAAACAGAUAAACUGUUCAUUUCUACACGAACCCCUUAUGGGGCCGUUUCUCGAGAUACGCUUAGUCGUUGGUUAAAAAUAGUAUUAAGUAAGUCCGGUAUUAAUAUUAAUGUAUACUCAGGUCAUAGUUUUCGUCAUUCUUCUACCUCGAAAGCUCAUGAACGAGGAGUUUGUGUUGAUUCUAUUUAUAAAGCUGCUGGGUGGUGUAAUAACUCCAAAGUUUUUGCUAAACAUUAUCGUAGACCUAUUAUAAACACACACGAAUUUGCAAAUGCUGUAUUGAAUGGCUGAUGAUAUUUAAUAUAAAUGUUAUAAUAAAUGUUGAUUUAAACAUGUAUUCAUAAUUGCUUGUUGUGUAGCAUUUUCUCAUGAAGCUUUGAAUUACUACCAAUUGACUAAUACCGAUAGAUGGAGUAUAUUGUAGGAUUAAUUGAUAAUUAUCCGAGGACGGCGCGAAGCGCCGGACGACGGAUAAUUGUAAUUAUCCGACGUAAUACGGAAUCUUGAGGUAUUAGCGCCUCACCCACCCACCCGAUUGUUCAUUCGAAAAUGUUUUUUGGACUGUGAGGUGAUAUACUAGCCCGGGGCAUGCAUGGCACUUUUCUUUUAAUGUGUUUUAUAUAGAUGGGAGCUGGGGCUUGUCAGGAGACAACUACCAAUUGACUAAUACCUCAAGAUUCCGUAUUACUUCGGAUAAUUACAAUUAUCCGUCGUCCGGCGCUUCGCGCCGUCCUCGGAUAAUUAUAAUUAUUGUUUAAAUUUAUAGAGUCGUGUUGUAUGAGACAAGUAUUCAAGUACGUAUUUCACAUUGUUUUGUAUAAAUAUUUAAGAAUUUUGUUGGGACGCUUAUUUUGUUUAUCCUCGUUCAAUAAUGUACAUAUGCAUGUAUGUAUGUAUCGUAGUGGAGACAACUUAAUCUCACAGGGUUUUAAUUUUACAUAUUAAAUUGAUCUAUGAUUCUUGUCACACGUCGAAACCCAAAUACAUAUAAUAUGAUUAGAAGAAAAGGAAAAUCACAUUAUACGAUGUGACAAAUAUUAGUAGCCACGUUGAAUGGUUCGUUACUGGUCUCAUUGUUGUUUAAUUUAUCUGUAGUGAUUUAAUAAAAAACAAACUAUUUGUGUAUUUGAAUCUAUUUUGAAAUUUAUU